AUGAAGCGAAUUUACAAAGAUGCAGAGGAUAGUCCGUGUGUAAUGCCGGAGACUGCGAUGUCUUAUAUUCACACAGACUUGGCAUCUAUGCUCCGUAAUGCCCAGUCUAAGACUCUCCGUCUGGCCGCAGAGUGUCAAGAUAUCCUCACCGGUGGGGUUUCAUCUCCUUCAGAGACAUUAGAUGGAAUCGCAAAACUAAAAGAGGCGUAUAGCGGUAUUAUGAAGAUACAAGCACCAAUGGUCCGAUGCAGUCGUCCGGCAUUUCGUAAACUUUGUCGUUUGUGGGGAACAGAUAUCAACUAUACACACAUGAUUAUGGCCGAUAGUUUCUCUCGCUCAGAUGCCGCUAGACACUCUGACUUUUCUAUUUAUUCUGGUGAAAAUUGUUUGGUAUCUCAGAUUGCCUCUUGUAGUGGUCCUUUUGCUUCCCAAUCGGCUGUAUUACUAGCGCCCUACUGUGAUGCGAUUGAUCUUAACUGUGGAUGUCCACAGCGCUGGGCAAUGAAAGAAGGACUUGGUUCUGCUCUUCUCCAAAAGCCGGAGGUGGUCGCGGAUAUUGUGCGUUGUGUUCGUAAUGGUCUCUCCGGUGGGGAACACGAUAUUCCCUGCGUUGUGAAGAUGCGUGUAAGUGAUGAUGUGCGGCGAAGUGUGGACUUUGCGCGACAGUGUGAGGCGGCCGGCUGUGCGUGGAUAACAGUUCACGGACGAACGCCAUUCUGCACGGCCCACGCGCCUGUUCGCCUUGACGCCAUUCGCCUCAUUCGAGAAAGUGUGUCUGUUCCCAUUGUCGCGAAUGGAGGAAUUUCGAAUCCCCAGACCGCGCUGGAAACCGCCUUGUCUACAGGUGUGGGAGGGGUGAUGAGUGGAAUGGGUGUAUUGGCAAAUCCCGCUUGUUUCUAUCUUCCACGGGAAGAGGAGAAACUGCACUUUGCCCCUCAGCGAUGUGUGGAGAAUAAUGAUAAUAUUCCAUUCCUAUCCCAUCUAGGAGAAGAAGGAAAGGAGGAGGAAGAAGAGGAAAAGAAGAAGAAGAGGAAUGGUUCUUCUUAUUCUGUGGUGAAUGGUAAAACACCUCUGCGAUUGGAGGGAUUGCCUUGUUGUCCUGUGGAAGUAAUAUCCGAUUUUAUUCGUUUGAGUUGUGUGAUGGAUCUCGCCUCCAAGGCGACCUCUAUGCAUUUACUGAAGAUGGCUGGUAAUUACUUAAGCCCCACUGAACGGGUAUUUGUAGCUCAGAUGCAUUCCUCAUUCUCUAUUACGGCGGCAUUUCAACAACUUGGAUUUUACAUCAAGGAAGGGAAAUUUACUGUAGACUACACAACAGAAGAGGAACUGUUUGGUGUGGUGUGA